AUGGGGAAAGUAACAUUGAGGAAGAAGACAGGAAAGGGCACAGAAGGGAGCAGAGAGGUGGACCGUGAGGAGGAAGAAAUAGGAGGUGAGGAUAAAGGGAAGGCUGAGACAGGAAGGAGAAAGGAGGAGGAGACCGGAGAGGAGAUUGAAGGAAAAUCGGAGGCGAAAGGACAAGACUGUGGACGUGGCUGUACGUUUGAGGAGUCGUACAGCAGCUGUGGGUACAGCGUUUCUCUCGGAACCAACGGAUUUACCUGGGAACAAGUCAACUCCUGGGAAAAACCCACCAUGGACCCUGCCCUGCCUACUGGUUCGUUCAUGGUGGUGAACGCGUCGGGCCGGGCGUCAGGGCAGAAGGCUCACCUUUACAUGCCCACCCUGAAGGAGAAUGACACCCACUGCAUCGACUUCCUGUACUCCCUGUCCAGCCGGGACGGAGCCAGCCCUGGCACGCUCAACAUCUACAUCAAGGUGAAUGGAGGCGCUCAGGGUAAUCCAGUAUGGAACGCCUCUGAUACUGUUACCGAAGGCUGGGUGAAGGCUGAGCUGGCCAUUUCUACAUUCUGGCCGAACUCCUAUCAGGUAAUAUUUGAAGCGGUUUCAGUUCAAGGCCAUCCAGGUUUCAUCGCCAUCGACGACAUACGAGUUCUGGCUCACCCCUGCCGUAAAGCGCCUCACUUCCUGCGUCUGCAGAAUGUGGAGGUGAACGUGGGUCAGAAUGCUACGUUCCAGUGCACUGCCGGAGGGAAAUGGUCUCAGCACGAUAAACUCUGGCUUCAGCAGUGGAACGGUAAAGACACGGCACUGAUGGUGACCAGGGUGGUGAACCACCGACGUUUCUCCGCAACCGUCAGCGUCGGCGACACGUCGCAACGCAGCACCAGUCGCUACCGCUGUGUCAUCCGAUCCGACGGCGGCUCAGGGGUGUCCAACUACGCCGACCUCAUCGUUAAAGCUCCACCCACCCCGAUCGCUCCGCCUGAGCUUCUCACCGUCGGCGCCACUUACCUUUGGAUCAAACCCAACGCCAACAGCAUCAUCGGCGACGGACCCAUCAUCCUGAAGGAGGUGGAGUACCGGACCACUCUGGGUAACUGGGUGGAGACCCACGUGGUGGACUCCCCAACCUAUAAACUCUGGCACCUGGACCCAGAUGUGGAGUACGAGAUCAAAGUCCUGCUGUCCAGACCUGGGGAGGGAGGAACAGGGCCGCCCGGGCCGCCGCUCGUCACCAGGACCAAAUGUGCAGAUCCAGUCCAAGGGCCCCAAAAUGUCAAUGUGGUGGAUGUCAGAGCCCGUCAGCUGACUAUACAGUGGGAGACGUUUGGGUAUGCUGUGACACGCUGCCACAGCUACAAUCUGACGGUGCAGUACCAGUAUGUGUUUAACCAGCAGGAGUUUGCAGCAGAGGAGUUGAUCCAGACCUCGUCACAUUACACCCUGAGGGGGCUGAGGCCCUUUGUCACGGUCAGACUGCGGCUGGUCCUGGCCAACCCCGAGGGCAGCAAAGAGAGCGAGGAGAUAGUCAAACAGACAGAGGAGGAUGUGCCUGGCUCAGUGCCGACGGAGUCUCUGCAGAAUACGCCCUAUGAAGAGAAGAUCUUCAUGCAGUGGAAAGCUCCAAACGAGACCAACGGGGCCAUCACACUGUACGAGAUCACCUACAAGGCCCUGAGCUCGUUGGACCCGAGCGCUGAUCUGACAACCCAGAGGGGACGGGUGUUCAAGCUGAGGAACGAGACCCAUCACCUGUUCGUAGGUCUGUACCCAGGGACCACCUACUUCUUCACCCUCAAAGCCUCCACCAACAAGGGCUUCGGCCCGCCCGUCACCACCCGCAUCACCACCAAGAUAGCAGCCCCCAUGAUGCCAGAGUACGAAUCUGAGGCUCCGCUGAACGAGACGGAGACCACCAUAACUAUCCUGCUAAAGCCCGCCCAGUCACGUGGCGCGCCUAUCAGCUCCUACCAGCUCGUGGUGAAGGAGGAGCGCAAGUCCAAGACCCGCCGCGCCGCCUCUGAAGCCCCUGAGUGUUUCUCCGCCCCCGUCAGCUUCCGCAACGCCUCCGUCUUGGACUCCCCCUACUACAUCGCCGCCGAACUGCCGCCUUCCAGCCUCACCAUCGUACAGCCGUUCACGGUGGGAGACAACAAGAGCUACGGAGGUUUCUGGAAUCGUCCUCUGUCGCCGGCCAAGAGCUACAGCAUCUACUACCAGGCCAUGAGCAGAGCCAACGGGGAAACCAAAAUCAACUGUGUCCGCCUGGCUAACAAAGGCGCGUCUACCCAGGACUCCGAUGCGAUGGAGCCAGAGAAGCAGGUGGACAGCACAGUGAAAAUGGCCGGAGUGAUCGCGGGGAUCCUGAUGUUCGUCAUCAUCCUCCUCGGCGUGGUCCUCACCUUCAAACGCAGAAGACAUGCUUAUUCCUACUCUUAUUACCUGAAGUUGGCAAAGAAGCAGAAGGAGACCGCCAGUAGUUCCACCCAGCAGAGGGAGAUGGGUCCGGUCACCACGGCUGAUAAGAGCACCACUAAAGUCAGCACCCUGCACAAAGACGACCCCUUUUCCACAUCCACCCAGGACCUCAACGGAUUCACGGACAGUAGCCAGCCGUCACUCGCCCAGCCCUCUCUGACCCUGCAGAGUUUUCCCUAUGGAGGCUGUGAGUCCGUGGAGCUCUCCUACCAGAGUGGUCAGUUCCAGGCAGGCCAGUUUCAGCCAGCUAUUCGAGUAGCAGACCUCCUCCAACACAUCACCCAGAUGAAAUGUGGACAGGGCUAUGGUUUCAAAGAGGAAUAUGAGGCCCUGGCAGAGGGACAGACGGCGCCCUGGGAAACGGCCAAGAAGGACGAGAACCGCAACAAGAACCGCUACGGCAACAUCAUCGCUUACGAUCACACCAGAGUCCGACUGCAGCUGCUGGACGGAGACCCCCACUCUGACUAUAUCAACGCCAAUUACAUUGAUGGCUACCAUAGACCCAGACAUUACAUCGCCACACAAGGGCCCAUGCAGGAGACAGUGAGGGAUUUCUGGAGGAUGGUCUGGCAGGAAAACUCGGCCUCUAUCGUCAUGGUUACCAACCUGGUGGAGGUGGGCAGGGUGAAGUGUGUGCGUUACUGGCCGGAUGAGACCGAGGUUUACGGAGACAUCAAGGUGACGCUGAUAGAAACUGAACCCCUGGCUGAAUACGUCAUACGGACAUUCACCGUCCAAAAGAAGGGUCAUCAUGAGAUCCGUGAACUGCGUCAGUUCCAUUUCACCAGUUGGCCCGACCAUGGCGUUCCCUGUUACGCCACCGGACUACUUGGCUUCAUACGCCAGGUCAAGUUCCUCAACCCACCUGACGCCGGGCCUAUCGUGGCACAUUGCAGUGCCGGUGCAGGGAGGACGGGCUGUUUCAUUGCUGUGGACAUCAUGUUGGACAUGGCAGAGAACGAAGGCGUGGUGGACAUUUUCAACUGCAUCCGAGAACUGAGAUCACAACGAGUCAACAUGGUCCAGACAGAGGAGCAGUACGUGUUUGUUCACGAUGCCAUCUUGGAGGCGUGUCUAUGUGGGAAUACAGCCAUACCAGUGUGUGAGUUCAGAGCCAUUUACUACAACAUCAGCAGACUGGACCCACAGACCAACUCCAGCCAGAUUAAAGACGAGUUCCAGACUCUGAACAUAGUGACCCCUAGAGUCCGUCCCGAGGACUGCAGUGUCGGGUUGCUACCCAGGAACCACGACAAGAACCGCAGCAUGGACGUCCUAUCGGCGGACCGAUGCCUGCCUUUCCUCAUAUCUGUGGAUGGAGAGAGCUCCAAUUACAUCAAUGCCGCGUUAAUGGACAGCCACAAACAGCCAGCGGCCUUCAUUGUUACCCAGCAUCCUUUGCCAAACACCAUGGGCGACUUCUGGAGGCUGGUGUUCGACUACAACUGCUCCUCCAUAGUAAUGCUCAAUGAGAUGGACGCAGCGCAGUUAUGUAUGCAGUACUGGCCAGAAAAGAGCUCGUGUUGCUACGGUCCCAUUCAAGUCGAAUUCAUAUCGGCAGACAUCGAUGAAGACAUCAUCAACCGAAUCUUCAGGAUCUGCAACAUGGCCAGGCCACAGGACGGUUACCGCCUGGUGCAGCACUUCCAGUUCAUCGGCUGGCCGGCCUACAGGGACACGCCUCUCUCUAAACGCUCUAUCCUCCAGUUGGUCAGGAGGUUGGCCAAGUGGCAGGAGCAGUAUGACGGAGGAGACGGGAGGACUGUGGUACAUUGCCUUACCGGCGGAGGGCGUUCUGGAACCUUCUGCGCCAUCUGCAGCAUCAACGAGAUGAUCCAGCAGCAGAAUAUCGUGGAUGUUUUCCACACCGUCAAAACGCUGAGGAACAACAAGACUAACAUGGUGGAGACUAUGGAACAGUAUAAGUUCUGCUAUGAAGUGGCUCUGGAGGCGCUCAGCUCCUUCUGAUUGGCUGUGGGCUGAAAAUUUGCUUUUUCUGAUUCCCCCGUUUGACGCUGCCUGGCAUUCUCAACGCGACGCUGGGACACACAAAGUGCAAAACUGCUUUGUGUUGACCCAAACCCAACCUGUGAGCAUGUGUGCCUGUGUGUAUGUGUGCGUGAGUGUGUGUUCGAGAGUGUGUGCAUGUGCUUCUAUGUGAAUAAGAGAAGGCAUGCUUGCAUAUUUGAGUGCGCGCGUGUGUAUCAAUGUGUGUGCCUGGGACGACACUCACACACACACACACAACCUGUACAGAAGAGUAAAAAAGGGACAAACAUACACACUGGUGAUUUUCAUGUGUGUGUUCGCUUCAGCGAGACUGUGAACUUUACAUGCUUGUACAAAGAAAAAAAAAGAAAAAAAGACGUGUUGAGAAAAAAAAAAUAUUCAGAUGUUUAAAAAAAAGAAAAAACGCCACUUUUUCCUUCUCUAUCUCUCUGUCCUCUCUGCUGGGCUGUGAUGUGACUAUUGUACAGUAUUUCCUUUUUAGAUAUAUUCUACGCCUUGAAUGUUGUCUCCCUGUGGAGGCUGGAUGCACACUGGAAGAUUUUUCACAUUUAGCUGAAGUCCAAGUGAUGCCUCGACUCUGCAUUUUGGACUCCAAUAUUUGAUCCCAGAGUAUUACUAGAAAGUAAACAAGCGUGUUUGGCUGACUUUAGCUAAUAUGUUGUCGAUGUUGCUGUCAAGGAUUCAGUUAGCUGGAUCAAAGCGAAAAACCAACACUCUUAUUGAUAUUUCUGGCGUUUUCCUUUGAAAUCACAAGCUGAUACAUUUCCUUGUGGCCGGGGGCCUCUUGAUUGCCUCGAUGUUAAAUGCUAAUCAUACUCGUAAUGGGUUACAAAUGGUUCAUUUUCCUCCAUACUUCAUCAAAGGAUUAUGACUUUCUUUUGACAUUUUGGCUUUUACUGGGGGAAAAAAAAAAUUUUACUAGCUAGUGCAUGCUGAAGAGUAACAGCAUUUUAACAGACAAAAGAAAAGAAAAAUCAUGCCUUGCCCUUAAGACCAAAUGGUGUUGUUGUUGUUGUUGUUAUCUCUGCUUCAGGUUU